AUGUUCAAGAAACCGAUAGUCAAGAGGGUAAUAGUAAUGUGGAGCUUUUCUAUUCCAAUAAUAUUCGGACUCUUCACCAUUGUGAGCUUCACGGAAUGCCAGUUGGACGUCAGCAUCAUAAAUUGCCCCUCCAUCAUUGAUCAAAUAGCAGAUAUGAAAAUAGAUCUUUCGAGUUGCUCGGAGGAAUUAACCAACUGUCUAAUGCAGACGUUAGCAGAUAUAUCAACUCCCUGUGCUAAUUGCAUGGUUGUUUCUGAAGAACAUAAAGAGGAUUCAGUAUGCGUUUGUGUCCAAUGCCUCUUGAAUUUAUUAUCUACAAGAUGUUCCAUCGCGUACUGUUCAGAUCUAGCGGUGAGCCAGAAAUUACAGGUUUUAAAUAAACCAUUAGAAGAAUUAAACUACCAGGUUAAAUUGCUGACCAAUAAGGAUAUGAAAGAAGUUGUAUACCUCCCUAACUCUAGCGAUGUGACACACCGAGGUAUUUUCCCUCAAGAACAUAAAUUGUUAGUAGAAGAAUUGAUGGCCUUACUAAGCCAGUACGAAGAAAAGGUGGAAAAUGUCAAAAGCACAUACCUAAUUACAAGUGAGCAUACCUCUGAGAAUGUAGGUGCAAACUCGGAGCUGGAAACAGCAAUUGACCCAGAAAUAACUGGGAAGUCUCCUGAGGAGAAGCACACGAUUAGAGAUAGAAUAUUCAAAGAUGAAACGCAGCCUACUACGGCCUUCGACAGUGAAUUAGAACCUUUCAAAGGUCUAUCCUCUUCGGGUGUUGUUACUUCAAACAUCGCAGCGGAAGUGGUACAGGGAAUUCCAGGAGUCCCGGAAAAUAGCUUCGGUCACUAUGGUACAGAGGUCGCUGAUGAUAGGACGGUGGAUGACCAGUCAGAUAUUCAUAAACCAGUGAAUACUUCCCCAGUGUUCAUGUCGAAAUCUAACUCUGUAGAUGGUGGAAAAGCCGUCUUUGUAUCCAUAUUUGCAGCAACGUUAGCACUAAUUGGAAUAUUCGCCAUAACAAACACGUCUACAUAUGUUAAAAACUCUCGAGGGGGCUCUCAGGAUAGUUUGGUUAGUAUAUCAAAUAGCUUUUUCUCAGGAUUUAAGGAGCCUGAAUUUAAGGACUUUUCUGACAGUGAAAUAGAAAGCGAGCUUCUGACUUCUUUAGCAAUUCCAAUACCAUACCCAGGAGAGACAGCCAGCUCACUUGCAACCAAAAUUCAUCUUGCGCAUCUAAGUUAA